GAAGCAUAACGCUGACCGCCGACCGGCCGAGGUCGAGUAUUCGACACUCAAGAUCUUGCAACGCCUCAAUAUCAAUUUCAGUCGGGUUGUAUCGACUGCUGUCGAUUGCCUGCCCGCUACGCUAGGGACUUGUUGCACGAGAGUCUCUCCGGAACCUGUCUGUCAUACAGGCUUGACGCGCAAGCCGAUGUGGAGUCUACCAACAGACCGGUUCUGCACACCUUGAGAUCCGCUGACAGACGCAUUGACGAGGUACACCAUCAUGGCGGCGCAAAGGGAGCAAAGCAUUGUAGAGAUCACGCACACCUUCCUGGAGAGGCCGACUGCUAAGCAGAAAAUCCUUGCCAAGCUUUUCCAUUCGCAAGACAAUUGCUUCCAGCCGUUUUGCGAGCAUCUCACCCGUGCAGAAUGCGAUGCAGCAAGGCAAUUGGUUGCAACAGCCACAGGCAUCGAUGGCACCUCUUCUGUAGCCAUAAGGAGUUGCAGAAAGCUGCACUUUGAGCCUGUGCUAUAUCCGCAAACCAACCCUUCCCUAGGCCAUUGCAGUUAUUUGAAUACGUGCCAUCGUCUCACAAGCUGCAAGUAUUUUCAUUUCCGGAUAGCUCAAGAUGGACAAACACCCCCCUUUGAGUGGCAAGCGCCAUAUCCCGAAAAUAGCGAGGCAGCAGUCAACGCACCUCUCCGCAACCCGUUGCUUGCACUUGAACGCGCCGGCUUGGCUGACGACUGGGCCAUGCAGGGCCCAGCGCGCGCUCCUGAUGGCGGUCUCCUACCGGCACAGUGGAUUGACUGCGAUCUCAAAACUUUUGACUUCUCCAUACUCGGUAAUGACUGGAACGUCAUCAUCGCUGAUCCACCGUGGGACAUUCACAUGUCGCUACCGUAUGGUACGAUGACGGACGACGACAUGCGCUCGAUGCCCAUACCGUUAUUGCAGAAGGAGGGGCUUAUCUUCCUCUGGGUUACUGGGCGGGCCAUGGAGCUGGGAAGGGAGCUGCUGCGAAUUUGGGGUUACAGGCGCGUCGACGAGCUCGUGUGGGUCAAGAUUGGGCAAACGCAGCGCCUGAUUCGCACAGGGAGGACAGGGCAUUGGCUCAAUCACACCAAAGAACAUUGUCUGGUCGGAGCCAAAAUUCACGCAAGCGCUCAGGGCGCUGGCAAUGCACCGACGGCGCCGUCUGCGCAAGUCAGCAAUGAGCCUGGGGUGCUCAUCUCCGACAUUCUGCCUGCCUGGGUUCACCGCGGGUUUUCCGCUGACGUGAUCGUCUCUGAGGUGCGCGACACGUCGCGCAAACCGGAUGAGUUGUACGGCAUGAUCGAAAAGCUGUGUCCCGGCGGCAAGAAGAUCGAACUGUUCGGAAGGCGAAUGAACUGCAGGCCAGGAUAUCUCACGCUCGGGAAUCAGCUCAAAUCGGAUAAUGUAUUCGAUCCGGUGUUAAGGGACAGGCUGCAAACUUUUAGACAGCAGAAAGUUCAACCGCAUAAUUACCAAGAGCAGUGACAACUUCUCGCUUCAUGACGUCAUAGACCUACAUUGCAGCAAAUAUUGUAGCAUACAUUCACACGGAAUGACCUAACGC